AUGGCGCUCAUCGACAGAGUCCCUGGAGACUUGAACCUGUAUAUCGGUGGCAUGUUCACUCUGCGACGGCGCGAGGCCCUCCAGCAAGCCAAUAUUACGCACGUCUUGUCGGUCCUGCGCACACCACUAGAUCAAGACUUGUUCGGCCCCUUCAAGCACAUGGUGGUGGAGGUGGACGAUGUCGAAGACGAAAAUCUAUUGGAGCAUUUCCCUGCCACAAAUCGCUUCAUACGGGAGGGGCUUAAGGGAGGUGGCGGAGUCUUGGUGCAUUGCCACUCGUAUCAAUAUGCCAACCACAACCUCUUCUCUAGUGCUAUGGGCAAGUCACGAUCGGCUACCGUCGUCAUCGCUUAUUUGAUGCAAGAGCACAACAUCAGCCCGUCGGAGGCUUUGUCGCACGUUCGGCAAGCGCGAUCCAUCUGCGAACCAAACGAGGGCUUCAUGAAACAACUGGAGCUAUACGGUGAGAUGCAGACACCUGAAAACGUCGAAGAUACCCCGGCCUAUCAACGAUGGGUUUACCAACGGGAAAUCGAGCUGAGCCGCGCGUGUGGCCAAGCUCCAGAGGCGGACAAGAUUCGCUUCGAAGACGAACAUGUCGCCGACGAAUCUUCCGGUUUCGAAUUGAGAUGUCGUAAAUGCAGACGAGCAUUAGCGACGUCACAAUAUCUACUACUCCAUGGGUCCACCCCAUCUGUCAGCGACCAGAACGCAGAAGCUCAAAAAGCUCCAUCGCAGAACUGUGCCCACUACUUCCUAGAUCCCCUGUCGUGGAUGCGCCCGGAGCUCGAACAAGGCAAGUUGGAAGGGCGUCUGGAGUGUCCAAAGUGCCACACCAACGUAGGCAAGUAUGCCUGGCAGGGGAUGCAGUGUAGUUGUGGAGAGUGGGUCGUCCCUGGUAUCAGCCUUUCCAAAGGUCGAAUCGAUGAAGCAAGGAAAGCAAACUUUGGCAUCCGGCGUCCACCGGGAGCUUCAGGUCCGCCUCCGUUAGGGAACCUAUAA